ACACCUUUCAUUUGGGAGGUUCGUGGAUCCGUGCUAUACUAGUCAAAGUUAUGCAAGUACAUACGAACAUUACUUCAUGCCAAUGAUCGAUAAGAGGUCAUGACCGCAAUACACGGGCUUUGAACUUAGACACGAUCCCAAUCAAAUUCGUGGUAAAGGAAGGCCUAAGUCUAAGAGAUUUCUCAACGAAAUGGAUGAGGCUAGACCAUAUCGAUCUAAUUGUCGUCGUUGUGGGAGCGAAGGUUAUAACACUAGAACUUGUAACUCAAGGUAAUAUGUUGUAUAUAUUAUUCUACAAUAAUAUCUGUAACUGAAGGUAAUAUGUUAUAUUACAGGUAAUAACAAUAACAUUUCAUUCUCAUCCACAUUUGGUUAAUAACAUAUUAAUAACAUUUGCGAUCGUUAACUGUGGGCGUGGGAGCAUAUUCUUAUCGGCCAACCUUACAGAACCGUUGGUCGUGGUGAUACUGCUCCUCCACCACAACCAGGCCUAGAUGUUGCGUAUGGUUCGAGGUGGAAUUUUGCCCGCCGGACGCGCAAGCACACCGACAGCGGUCUUGGAUUCUACCGAGAUCAAUUAGACCUACUACGACCCAACCAGUUUUUGUGGGACCCAUACCCAGCGGAAGCCUACGCAGCUGUACCCGAACACUCGGGGAUUCAUUCCGGGGCGUGAAGGGCUUCUGUGCCACUCAUAUGCUUCGACAUUGUCGAAGUACAUCUACCAGAGCGCGUAAUGCGCCAAUAUAGGUUGGUACAGGGCAUUCCACCGCCUUGUGACACUGAACCCCGGCUGCACCAAAUUUCGCGAAGAAAUCAAGCUGGGGCUAACUGGAUGGAGAUCAACGGGCGCCACAUCGCUCGUUGGGAUCAUAGACUUGAGCUGCUGGCACAAGGUGCGCCGAUCGAUGUUGUCGGCGCACCUACUACACCUGACUAUAUGCCGUGGUUCCUCUCCAUUACGCGCCGAUGGAUGACACCACGUGUCAUCUUGGAAGCAGCACAUUACGCACCUGCUGCGCCUACGAUGACCCAAUUUGCACAAGGUGCGGCAAACAUGAUUCGGUACAGCCAGGAGGAGCCGGUGAGGGAGAUUGCGCAUGGCAUGCUCGUCGGCUCGCAGUUCCAGCACUUCAUACCGGAAGUCGCUGCACAACACUCACCGACUAUCUCCCAUACGCACAUGGCAUGCUCUCCUUCUUAUGACUACCAUUUGGAGGAGAUUGAUCAUUCAUAUCCCGUUGACGCUGCGGGGACCUCGCAGGCUGGGCCAUCACAGCCAUCACAGUACCAGUCCCCUCCACUGCUAGAGCGUCACGCGAACGCCUCUUUCUAUCGUAGGAGGCGAAGGAGACCAACUCAGUUGGAUAGGGUAGAUGAGGGUUCGUGAGCGUUAACGAUUACCUUUUGUGUAUUUGGUUCGACUAUGUACAUAUAUAUAUAUAUAUUUUAAUUGACUUGUAUAUUUCAAACAUUUGUGUAUAUUUUGUUGUAUAUACAUGUUUAAUUACUUUAUCAUAAGCCCCAAACUUUGACUUAUGAAUGAUCGGAGUUUUGGCGAUGAAUCAUGCCGCC